AUGGCUGAUAACAAGAAGUUGUGGGAUCCCUGGAAGCUAUACGAUGUGUCAGCUGAAGAGCUGCGUGCAGUGAGGGAACGCGCGAAAAUGAGACAAGAAUUAAAAGCCAAAUGGACGAAACAGUUUACAAACCCAUGGAAGGGGGCACACGGCGGUUAUUUGUUUGACCCUGCUGUGCAAAAGUUCAUUUCACUGAAAGCUACACAGUAUGAGUAUUUCAAGGGAACCCAUAAGUCCAUGCUUAUAGCUUUCGCCUUGUUUUUUGUGCCUGCCAUAUAUCUUACAUAUGACACUACAAAAAUCAAGAAAGAGCUGGAAGGACGCUUAAGAAAUGGAGAGGUCAAGUACAAAGAUCGCAGAGAGAAAUUCUACUAUUAG